AUGGUGAAUGAAAAACCAAAGCAAGAUCAGCAAAUCGAGUGCGUGGAUAAAGAAAUCGGUGUCAGCGAGAGCCGAGAGCCUGCGCUCAAGCUCGACGAGGACGGAAUUCCCCUGAAUCCUCAGCCGACCGACUCCAAACAUGAUCCUCUCAACUGGCCAUACUUGGCCAAAGUCUACAUCGUACUGCUGGUCUCUGGAUUGGGCUUCGUGAACCAGCUGGGUUCGGCCCUGAUCAACCCCGCGUUCGUCGUCAUGUCCGAGGACCUGGGUAUCACGGUCGAAAAAGCAUCCUAUUGCACCACGGUAGUCAUCUUGUUCAUGGGGGUGUGUCCCAUGUUCGUCGUCCCCUUCUCCAACGUCUACGGUCGGAGGAUCCUGUACGUCAUUUUCACGACAAUCGCAGCCGCGUGCCAGUUCGGUUCGGGAGCUUCAAGCACGUACGGUGGUCUCAUCACCGGGAGGAUCUUCUACGGACUGGGCGCCAGCAUUCCCCUGGGUCUGGGGGCUGCGACGAUCUGCGACCUGUUCCCGCAACGCGAGCGUGGUAAAUACCUGGGUAUCUACACCCUGUGCGUCAACAACGGACCGCACUUGGCACCUAUCGUGGGCGGAUACAUCGCCCUGAAUCUAUCCUGGCGCUGGUGCCUGUACGUGCCGGGCAUCAUUCAGGUCGGCUUGCUCAUCUGCUUCAUAUUCACCUUUCCCGAAACACUCUUCUCCCGAACCGAACGACAUGGACCCGAGGAAGAUGAUACCGCAUCUUACUUUUCGAGGCUUCUUCCUCGCGGAAAGAUCCUCGAUCGCCCCAUCAAACCUCGCCACUUCCUCCAGCCGUACAUCAUGAUCCGCUACUGGGCCGUUUCCCUGUCGGGCGUCUACUGGAUGACGGCGAACACGUACGGGAGCACCCUCUUCGCCGUGACGGGGUCCAAGAUUGCGCACACGCUCUACGACUUCGACGUCGCCCAGACCGGAUUGCUCAUGGGUCUCCCGCAGACCAUCGGAUGUAUGGUCGGAGAGGCCUGUGCAGGUUGGGUCAGCGACCUCACCAUCAACACGUACGCCAAAAGGCACGACGGCCACCGCAAGCCCGAAGUCCGCCUGGCCCUGCUUCCAGGCUGCUUCGCCCUCGUCGCCGGCGUCAUCGGAUACGGCAUAUGUGUGGAUCGCCACUCACCGUGGAUCGCACUCGCCAUGACAAUGGGGGUGGCAAGCUUCGGGCUGCAGGUCGGAGCGACCAUGAUAUACGCUUACGCCACCGAUUGCUACAAACCCCAGGCUCCUGAGGUGGGAGUGGUCAUCAACCUGUACAAGUCCGUGUUCGCCUUCACCAUCGGGUUUUACGCCGUCCCCUUUGGUGAAAAGGCUGGGUACAACGUCUCCUUCCCCGUCCUCGGCACCAUCAACGGCCUGACACUGUUGCCGCUUAUCGGCCUCUAUUUUUACGGUGAGAGGGUUCGGGAAUGGCAAGGGAUACCGAGAAUUCACGAGGACCUUUGA